AUAAAUAAAUAAUUGUGAAUAUAUAUGUAUAAGAGGUAAUAAAUUAAAUAAAAAUAAAGUAAAUUAAUUGCAAGUUGGGUGAUGAAUAUAAAGAUUACAUACACAUUUUGGUAGAAAUUAUUUAAAUAACAUUAAAAUUUUGCCAUGAUAUAAGAAUGUCUAAAUAUUUUAAGGCUGCUCAGCAGUCAUUUCAGAUGGUAAAGAAUCGCAAGGUUCCACAUAGGAACUACUUUUUACAUUUUUCAAAGUAUAACUCGAUCCCUAAACCAUUGGUUGAGAAAAGACAGCCAAGAAGGGUUGAUUUGGCAAAGUGUUUGAAUAUGCAAGUGGGAGAUUUGGUUCAGGUAUUACAUGGACAGGAUAAGGAUCGUCAAGGUGUAAUACUGAAGAUUUUCCAUAAGAAGAACCAAGUUAUUGUUGAAAACUGCAAUAUGCGAGAAACCUUUUGGAAUCCAGUAUUUGAUGGCAAAAAGCCGUCACUCAUUACACAAGAAAUGCCAAUACAUGUUACCAACAUUUCACUGGUGGACCCAGUCAUGAAGAAGCCUACAAUUGUUAAAAGGAGAUAUAUGAUGAACGGAGAAUGUGUAAGAAUUUGUAAACUCUCAGGUUCUUCUCUCCCAGAACCUGUUAAAGUUACAUGGAAUCAGUAUAGAAGACCGCCAAAACGACAAACUCCGAUUAAGGAUAUUUACGCCCACAAAGAUUAUGAAAAUUUUAACCUUUUGACUAAAUUUGCAAAUUUUAUAAGGGAGAAGAAGGUGGCAGGGCUGCUGAGUGAUAAGAAGCUUUGAAUUACAACGUAUCGUAAUAUUUAUGAUUGGAGAAGGCCAACAUGAUGUUGUGUAUAUUGGAUUUUAAACUGAGAUGUGACCAUGGAAAAUUGGUUUAUAGAGUGUAUAAUAAAAUAUUAUUUGACUAAAAUUGAAGUAAUUGUAUCGUAACUUGUGAUGUGUUAACCACAAUUCCUGUGCAAUUCUUAAGGAACUAUAGCAUAAAUUUAAUAUUUUAUCAAUUUCUGAUUUGUAUUACAUCUUUAUAAUUUAUAUCUUGAUCCUCAUGGAGUUAAACCCUUAAC